UUCACUUUGUUUUGUUAGCUCAUAGAUGGUUCAGCGGUUUAUAGAAUAAAGGGGCAUCAGAAUCAUCAGACUACACUGGAAUUGGGAACUCUAAGAAUCCGCGGACGUUUGCCCAACGGUUCCGUGUAGGCUACGUUAUAAAACACGUCCAGACCCCAGCGGAGGACACACGGAAAGGACGCGUCCAUCACACCUGAGAGUUUUCGCAACUAUUGACGCAACAGCAUCGAAGAUGGCUGGGUUGAUGAAGUUCACCCUUCUCUUUUGUUUGUCCAUAGUGAGGAUGGCUGCGCUUAACAUUUUCCCUGAGAAAUUUAAACUGGCUGAGAGAAGCAAAUCCGUUACCCUGACCUGUAGAACAGAUAAAGACAAUAUCAAAUGGAGACUGGAUGAUAGCAUACAGCCGAUAUCGGAAACAGAGUUUGAAAAACUCAAUGGGCGGGAUUUGACCGUGAUUAACCUGCAGGAAGACCUAACCGGUAAUUACACCUGCUGGAGUGAUACGGGUCUUGAAGACUACACCUAUCUCCUGCUCGACAAGUCUAAAGAAGUUACAGCUUUUAAUAUCAACUGCACAGCUGAAACCUUUUCCUGCUCUCAAAAAAUCAAAUGUGCCUGGACAUCAGAAGAAUUUACUGCUUUCAGACUUCGCAAUACAAGGGAUGAUGGUGACUGGGUGUCACAGUCCGUGGAUGGGGAUUUUUUUCUCCCACAUUCCACCAAUUCAUAUUCUGAAGAGUCUGAGCGGCUGCUGAUCACAGGGGAGGCAGUUUCCACAUGCUGCUAUAUGAAAACGGACUACAGCUUCUAUCUACGAGACGUUGUUAAGCCAGCAGAUCCAGGCAUUUCAAUCUGCUCUAUAGAAAAUGAGGGGAGUGAUGAACAAAUCAUUGAAAUAGAGGUGAAGCCUCCCUCGACCUGGCCGCAGCCCCACAGUUUCUUUCCUCUUAAGCAUGAGAUUGAGUAUGAGAUACGGCACAAUGGGGAGCUGAAGACUGAAGAAAGGGAAGAGGGCUCAAAGAUCAAAGUUAAGGGCUCCAUCACCAAACUAAGGGUCCGCUGCAGAGACCUGCUACUCCUCUCUCAGUGGAGCGAGUGGAGCAAGUGGAAAAAUGUAAACUAGCGAUUAAAACCUCCCCUCCUCCUGAACCCUUUAUUUAUAUCUCCUGUCCCAUUUUUCCAUUCCUUAUUUAUUAUUUUUUAUAUGUGUUUAUGUAUGGAUGCAUGUACCAUUUCUCUGUCCUAUUAAAAACCUUUGCUCGUCUGUUCUGUCUCUCGCUUCCUUCAGAUUAAGCAAUAUCACAGUUGCGAUCAUGGUGUCGCAUGGC